AUGCGGGCACUUUCAACUGAAAAGGCGUUUGCUGAAUGGUUAUUGGAUGUUGGAAACUGCAAAGAUGGUGAAAUGAUUAAGUUGCCUGAUAUUUGUUAUCCAUCUAAGCAAGACCCCAUUAAGCAACUAUAUUCUGAUGUAGAUUUUGACACUGUAACUCCGUGCCAACUCAAAGGUAGGGCGAUUUUAACAGUCACCAACGAUUUAUCAAUAGUAUUCAAUAAUGAUGUGCUGGAACAACUGCCAGGAAUUACUAAAAUUUAUGAAAGUGUGGACACUGUCAUUAGUGAUGAUCCACAAGAUCAACUAAGCUACCCUGAGGAAUUUUUGAACACCAUCACUCCUACAAGAAUGCCUCCCCACAAAUUAAAGAUUAAGAAAGAUGCCAUAAUAAUGCUACUGAGAAAUUUAAUGCCAUCUAAAGGACUCUGUAAUGGCACUAGAUUAAUUGUUACAAACUUGCAGCGCAAUUUAAUUGAAGCUAAACUGAUUGAUGAUGAUGAAGCUGCAAUCAAAGCAUUUGAGUUUGGAGAUGAAGCAUUCAAUAAAGUGUGCCUGAAGCGCUCUGUAAAAUUCUGUGAUG